AUUUUGUUCAGUUAGGUUCUAGUACAGACGGCAACUGGAUAGAGGAAUUCAGAAUUUUUGAAUUCACAUCUGCCAGCUUUGAAACGUUAAGGAAACUGUUCGAACUACAUCAGAUAUCAGAAGAAGGAUUCCCUGUAUUAUUUAACAGGCUGGAGCACAAUCUGAAAAUCCAAAGAAUGACGUCAUUGGCAAAGCGCCCAAAUAAUGCAAGUUGUUGAGAGGCGUAUUCCUUUCCAAGGAAAUCCUAGACGACUGUGAGACAAGAAAAAGACACUGAGCUCCACCUAUAAUACAACAUACAGAAAGCAAUAACUAAAAAUGGAUGACCGGAUGGAUCUUUACAAAUUAAAAAACACUGAAGAAGUCGAGUUAAUGGAAGGCGAGCACUGGAGUGACAAUUUGGCACAUUGUCACAAAAAUGACAGGCACCGUGAGUUCAUGACACUCAGCACUUUUAAGGAGAAGAGCUUAGGUGAUAUCCAUCGCGACUUCAAGUUCACUGAAGACGAAAGAGAAAUAGUUUUGAUUCUAGCAAAUCUUACAGGGCGGAUCAAAAUAGGUAAACGUUACGGAACCGGAUGUUUACAAAAAUUAAGAAUAAAUAAAGAUUUAAAUUGCCCGAUUGAAAAGUGUGCAAAAAAACACGAACAACACAAAUCAGCGACGUUAACAGUGACGACUGUUUUUCAUGUUGUCCCGAAUAAAGACGACUUGAAAGAAUUGCUGUUUCAAUUCUUCUACGAUGAAGAUUACCAUGAGGAUGACUUCAAGUUGAAUGUUGAGAACGCUUUCGGCCUACGUUUGGGGGACACGGAAAAAGAAGGCGGCUCGUCUGAUUGGUGUUUCAUUGAAUGCGUUACCCAUAACAUGGAGCUGGUUGGAAAACUAGAAGAACAAAUUGCCAAGUUUUCAAAGCUACAGACGAAACUAUUCAAAAAAUACAAAGAUCAAGAUCCCAAACCUGUUAUCAUUGUCUCCCACCCCCACAGCGGGCCGAAAAAGAUCAGCGUGGGAAAAACGGAGGUGUCUAAGAACGUCAAGGAGGUGCGGGAAAACCAGAGGUGGUGCCAGUACUACUACGACACGCCCACCUGCCCGGGGAGCAGCGGGUCGUACGUGCUCAUCCUCGGGCAGCCGUUAAACGGGUCGGGGUACUGGUUCGGUCACCCACACAACCACAGCGGGGAGAGCAGGAAAGGGGGGAUCAACUGCAGCUCUGUUGGGGUAGAUCAUGUGGGUUAAUCCCCUUGUUACUUGCAGUAAAACACUUGGGUUAAUCCGCUUGUUACCCCAGUAAAACACAUUUGUUAACUUUCUUGCCACUGCAGUAAAACACGUGAGUUAACCCCCUUGCUACUACUGUAGACCACGUGGGUUAACCCCUUAGUUACUGCAGUACAAUUAUGUUUUAACCUUCUAUCUACUCCAGAAAACUGAUACUCAAUACUAUAGCAGACCAUAGUUAUUGCUUAACCAUCUCUACACUACAGUAGACAGAAGUUUCACCCUCUUACUACUAGAGUAUAUCAAAUGGGUUAAAUAAAUAUCUUAAUUAAUUAUCUUUAAAUUUAAAAAUUAAUUAAUUGAUCUACUCUAACAACAAAGGUAUAAUUAAAAACGCCCUUUUCGCUCUUUAUUUCCUCGCUUUGUUAUUCAAAAUUGUAUCGGGAAAAUUGUAAACUUGAGGGUAACAUUUAAAAAAAAGAUUUCUAAAUCAAAAUGUUUAAAUAAAUCAAGCUUGAUAAUUAGUUUGUAUAUUUUUGAAAUCCCAUUGCAUUGUUGAUUUAAUUAAGUAUAAUUGCUGUGUUUUAAAAUAUUGACUUUGAAAUAUUUGUUUUUCUAUAUGGCGGGGUUAUUAUGUUUAGAAAUUAUUACUAAUACAUUUAAAAUAGAUGAGAUUAAAUUAACAUAAAUUAAGAAAAUUGUGUUGAAUAUGUUUGAUCGAACUUAUAAA